AAAAAGCAGCAAGCUCUUGUUUUGCUCUUCACUAACUAUUUUUGUUAAAAAGCAAUCUCCGAUUGCCUUGCUUUUUACAUAUUUGCUUUUGAAUUACCUUCGCUAACCCUUCAAAAAAAUUGAUGUCAUGGUGGGAAAUUAAAACACAACAGAAAUUGAUUUUUGCGGAUAUCAACUGGAAGUUGUGAGAAAUCGGGAUUAUGACUCGGACUCUAUGAUUUUUUUUCUCCAAAAUUCCGAAGAAAUUUGAACUACCUUUUAUCAUUACUUCAACUGCUUACUCUGCAAAGUGACUUUAUGGUUUAAUAAAGUCAAUGGUUUAAUUGUCCCAAAGCUAUUGGAGUUGCAUCAUCAUUAAAGUAAUUUUAUCAAAGCCCAUCUACUAAACUACUUGACUAUUUUUAAUCAUGUCUUGCUUCUUAUUCUUUUCAUUGACAUUCAUUGUGAUUACCCGCAGUGAAGUCUUUUUCGUGGAGGAUUACAAUCGAAACAUCAGACCAAAAGCCCAAAAAGGUGUUGCCGAUGACAUCAGAUUUGACAUCUUCAUUCACAAAAUUGGACCAAUUGAAGAAGCCGAUAUGCAAAUGUCUGUGGACAUCUACUUCAGGCAGUACUGGACAGAUGGGAGGCUGAUUGGACUGUAUGAGCACGUGGCCAACAGCACCUCCGCCAUACCAGGACAGGAAGUGCAGCUGGGAUAUGACCACAUUGAACAGCUCUGGUUUCCCGACAUGUACUGGGUGGACGCUCUAGAGGUGUGGAAGCCAGGUGUGCUGGCCCGUAGUCAAUUACUGGAGUUGCAAAGUGAUGGUAGUAUCUUCUUCUCUUCCAGACUGUUAUUGACCUUCAGAUGUGAGAUGGACCUCAAGUACUUCCCAUUUGAUGUCCAAGAAUGUCACUUGUGCUUCGAAAGCUACUACUACCACACUGAGCACCAGAACAUGUCGUGGGUGAAUAAGGAGAUCUCUUUCACUCCGAAUCAAAAAAUAGCCAACUUCUACAUUGAGAGUGCCCCUGUUACUUACACCAAGGAGACCACCUACAAUCUAGGGACGACUUGGAAGCAACUUUGUUUGAAGAUGUCUUUUCCGCGCAAACUGGCAAUCUACGCUGUCACCAUGUUUCUACCGAGCAUAGCUUUAGUCAUCCUGUCCUGGGUUGGCUUUUGGGUCGACAAGGAAGCAGUGCCAGCGAGAUCUGGACUGUCAAUCACCAGCAUUCUGGCUCAGAUCACACUCAUCAACGGAACUGGUAAUAGCUUCCCAGGAGUCGCUGACGUCAAAAUGGGGGAUCUCUAUCUAAUAGUGAACUUCUUCUACGUCUUUCUCACACUAGUUGAAUUCGCCAUCGUUUCGUAUCAACCCCCGGCUAGAGCCAGAUGGAAACGGGCGCGUGAACUCAUGUUGCCAGGCAGCAGUGGAAAAGCUAAGGUGGAGCCAAAAAAAGAAUCGGUACCCAAAAGUCUGCCCGACAAUAUCCAGAAGGAAAACGAAACAAAACAAAGCGUUAUUGACGCGUUGUACGCAAUGUGCGUCCAGGCCAACGGAGCUGCUCCUUCAACUGACAACACAAACACUCAAGAAGCGUCCAACUUACCAAAAGUAUUCGGAUCGAACGGAUCUUCUUUGAAUAACUCUGAAGUCUCUCUUCCUCGUUUUGACUAUUGGAGUGCGGCAAAUGCAGACGAAAUCUGCAAGUGGCUCUUUCCCUCUAGCUUUCUUUUAUGGAAUCUCCUCUACUUCAGUAUCAUGUACAACGUAUCUGGUCGAUGGUAGAUUAUUCUAAGACAAUUCUCCGACAAUCAGAACAGUUAACCCAGUUGCUGUGCAAGUGGCACAGAAUGUUCCGAUCGCUUUUUUUAAUUUACAAAAACUGAACUAAUUUAUCUUUAGAUUUCUCGAACAAGCUAAAAAGCAUAAAUUCUAAAAACCUUUGCAUUUGUUUAUCAUCCAU